GGUCGUGUGACAUCCGCUCAAGGUCACAGCUGCUUCAUGGCCGUGGAGUUCUAUAUAACCGCCAGACGCUCAACGUUGUCCCAUCCACUCGUACAUCAAACGGUGAGAGUUACGUGUCUUGGUGUUCUUGCUCAACUACAUUGUUGAAACAAUCGUCAUGAAGGCGUUUAUCGUGAUCGCUCUGCUGUGCCUCGGAGGCACCCAGGCCAGUCUUCUGGACGAUCUGGCCGCCGCCACCACUGCCGCCCUGGACGGCAUCCUCUCCACCGCCCAGACCGCCGCACAAGAACUGUUGGACACCUACGUGCCCGUCCUCGGCCAGACCGCCCAGCAGCUGGUAGGAGAAGCGGUUCAAAAUCUGGGAGAUUCUCUGACCGGCCUGCUUAGCGGCAAGAAGAAGCGCCAGGAGUUCCAGACCGAGAUCGGCAGUAUCCUGCACGAUGGUGUCAUGGACCUGCUGGAGCACACCACCCAGGCCAUCCAGAAUGUCCAGACCGCUCUCACCGGCACCAUCGACUCUCUGUUCGGGACCGGGACUACAGACCCUGCUCAGGCUAUCGCCACCACUAGGCGUCUUCUGCUUAGCAACCGCCUCAAGGCCAAGCAGGCUAUCGCUGCAACAAAGAUCAGGAUGUCCCGUGGCUUCUUCGACGACCUUGCUGCCGGUGUGUCCACCAUCUUCCAGCCCGUCAUCGACCAGGCUUCCGUGGCCUUCAACCAGCUCGUUGAUGCCGCCACCGCUGUCGGUGCCCAGGUGGUCGACCACGGCACAACCCUCCUCAACAACCUCAGCACCACCGUCAACGACACCAUCAACUCGCUGACUGCUGUUGCCCAGCCCUACAUCGAUGACGCCAACACCAUCAUCAACUCCGUCUCCAACCACUUCACGGAGACCUUCGGCGCCGGCACCACCGCCUAAACACCCGGGGACGCGCGGGGAACACAGCACCUCCUACCGUAUAGUCAGGCACGACAUACUGGGAGGCUGCAUAGAAAAUUGGUCCGUGAAACGAGGAAUGAAUAAACAAUAAUCAGUCAAAAAAA